AUGAUCCCAGUGGGUGAAUUCAGAUCCCUCGGCACAGAGCCCAGCUCGAAGUAUAGGGUCCUGAAACCAUGGUGGGAUGUUUUCACAGAGUAUCUGUGCAUUGCUAUGCUCAUGAUUGGAGUCUUUGGAUGCACUUUGCAGCUCACCCAAGACAAGAUUGCAUGCCUGCCAAGCCACUUCACCAGUCCAACACCAAAAGCAAUUGACUGCAGCAACAUCAGCAGUUAUGGGGACAAUGAGAAGUUGCAGCACACACUGGUGACCCCGGCGAGCCCCAUCAUAGUGGAGGUGUUUGGGCGGAAGAACAAUCUGGACAUUCAUCAAUACGUGUUUGUCAACAACUAUUGCUAUGAGAGGUCUGUUCACUGGUAUGCAAAGUACUUUCCGUACCUCGUGGUUAUCCACACCAUAAUCUUCAUGGUAACAAGCAGCUUCUGGUUCAAGUUUCCUGGGACAUCUUCUAAAAUUGAUCUCUUUGUCAACAUUCUUGACAAGUGCUUUGACUCACCCUGGACCACAAGAGCCCUGAGUGAAGUUUCUGAGGAAAGAGGCGAGGAGAAGCUAGUCAACUGGAGGAGGAACACUAUGACUAAAGGCUCCACAGAAGGACAAAUCGAUGAGGAGGAGACUGUGGGCCUCCUUCGCUCCUGCUCUGUUAAGUCUAAUCAAGAAAAGAGAAGUGCAGAACCGAAGUCUACCCCCUCUUUGUUGGAUAAGAAGGAAGGAGAGCAAGCCAAAGCUCUAUUUGAAAAGGUGAAGAAGCUCCGAACUCAUGUGGAGGAAAAAGACAUUUUGUACCACAUGUACGUGCUGCAAACUUCAGUAAAGGUCAUCCAUUUUCUUUUGAUUAUUAUUUACACCGCAUUGCUGGUACCUAACAUUGAGAUAGUUGUGCAGUGUUUGGUUCCACCUGAGCUGACUGGUUUUGAUAUCUAUUGCUGUAACCACAACAAAGCACAUCUUUUCUCCAAGCUUGCUUACUGCUAUAUCUCCUUUGUGGCCGUAUUUGGACUUCUGCGUAUCUAUACCCUCUACUGGCUUUUCCAUCGACCUCUAAAGGAGUACUACUUUGAGCAGGUCAGACUGGAGACCGGAAUUAAUGACAUACCUGAUGUGAAGAAUGAUUUUGCCUUCCUCCUGCAUCUUGUGGACCAAUAUGAUGCUCUUUAUUCUAAAAGGUUUGCUGUCUUUCUUUCUGAAGUCAGUGAAAGCCGCCUCCAUCAGCUUAAUCUAAACUACGAGUGGACUGACAAAAAGUUGCGCACGCGUCUAGCCAGGAACACCAGAAACCGUCUGGAGCUACACCUGUUAAUGUUACCGGGGCUUCCAGAAACCGUUUUUGAGAUUCCCGAACUGGAAUCACUCAAACUCGAGCAGAUGAAGAAUGUCACCAUACCGGCUAGUAUAGCAAAGCUAGAGUCUCUCCAGGAGUUAUCAAUGGUCUACUGCCCCGCAAAGCUCCAAGUUGCUGCCCUUAACCACCUGAGAGAACAUUUAAAGAUUCUAUAUCUAACCUUUGAGCAUUUCGAAGAGGUUCCUGUGUGGAUGUACACCUUACACUGCCUGGAAGAGCUCCACCUGGAAGGUCCUUUAACCAACGAGGUGUCCAAAAGUCCCAUUCUGGAUUCCUUUAAAGAGCUUAGAGCUUUGAGGGUCCUCACUUUUCGCUCCAAACUUACAAAGAUCCCCUCCAGCAUAGCAGAUGUUGCGUUCCAGUUGCAGCGCUUGCGUAUCUACAAUGAAAGUGUCAGGGUCCAGGCUUUAAGCAUCCUGAAGAAGUUAACCAACUUAGUUUCACUGGAAUUAGUGGGCUGUGAGUUGGAGCGGAUCCCAAGUGCUGUCUUCAGCCUGAGCAAUCUGCAGGAGCUGGACCUGAAGGAAAACAAACUCACUACUGUGGAGGAGAUCCUGAGCUUACAGCACUGCAGGCAUUUAGUGACACUUCGGCUAUGGCACAAUAAAAUCUCAUACAUCCCUGAACAUAUAGCUAAGCUGCAUACCUUGGAGACACUGGACAUUAGCUGGAACAAGCUAGGAAAGCUUCCCUCUCGGCUCUUCUACUGCACCAAACUCCGGCACCUCGACAUCUCUCACAAUCAACUCACCUCUCUCCCUUCUGAAGUGAACAUCCUGCAGAGCCUGCAGUUCUUUUCCGCAGCUUUCAACUCCUUAGAGACAGUGCCAGAAGAGCUGUUCUCCUGUAAAAGGCUAAAAACACUGAUUCUUGGUAACAACCGCCUUUCACACCUCAGCUCAAAAGUAGCCAACCUUGCCCAGCUGGUCCGGCUGGAUGUUAAAGGAAACCGUCUGGAGUACUUACCUCAGGAGAUAGGGGACUGUCGCCUGCUGAGUGGGCUGAUAGUAGAAGAUAACCUGCUGGAUCAACUGCCAUCAGAUGUAAGAAGCAAGUUAAAUAAAAGCUGA